AUGGUAACAGCAAAUGGCUCCUCAAACAACAACAAUGUACAUCUGCUUACCACAGAGAGGGGGUGGAGAACGUACCGCGUUCGCGAACAGACGUUUGAGGUUGAGAACCGAUACACUUUAACGUCGGUCGUGGGUUAUGGAGCUUAUGGCGUUGUUUGCUCAGCGUUCGAUAAUACCAAUUUCCGUGAUGUGGCGAUUAAGCGUGUGGGUCAUGUUUUUGAGGACUUGAUUGACGGCCGCCGCAUUUGGCGCGAAAUCGUUAUUCACCGUCUGCUGAGGGAACACCGCUGCCGCAACAUCCUGAAUCUAACACGGAUUUUGCCUCCACGGCAAAGGAUCAGCAGUUUCCGGGAUUUAUACAUUGUCACAGACUUAUAUGAUACGGAUCUUCACUCAGCCAUUCAUGCGACAAAAACAGUGGACAUAAAGGCGCUACAGAGGAUCAUGGUCCGUGUCCUCCGGUGUAUCGCCGAUAUGCACUUCAUGGGGAUUAUACACCGUGACCUUAAACCAAGUAACAUUUUAUUAAAUGAUGAUGCGGAGAAUGAAAAUGCCGUAGUUUGUGACUUCGGUCUCGCGCGUGCUGGGGUGCUGGACUUACAGGAACCAGUUGAUCUCACGGAUUACGUAGUCACGCGUUGGUAUCGUCCUCCCGAGCUAUUGCUUAUGUGUCGGUAUAGCCUUCCUAUUGACUUAUGGGCGAUAGGCUGCAUCAUUUGUGAGUUUGUGCUGAAACGUCCCCUAUUUGGGGGUCGCGAUUACAUCCAUCAAAUGCAGUUGGUAGUUUCUAGUGUUGCUGUGACGAAUUGGGACUUUGCACGUGGGUCGUGUCCGGGAACUACGACCUUCAUGAAUGAGAUUGUGAGAAAAUACCAAGGUCGCCGGCCGAUAUCAAGCGUGAUGUCCACCAUGCCACGGGAGGGGAUUGAUUUAGUCACAAAGCUCCUUGCAUUUGAUCCAAACACUCGCAUCACAGCGGCAGAGGCGUUGCGUCAUCCUUUUUUCUCUGAUGUUGGCGCCGAAGGCGAGUCCAAAUGCACAAUUCCUGAGAAGGUUGAUUUCUCGUUUGACUUGCAUGCGGAGAUAUCCGAGGCACAACUGCGGAGGAAUAUAUGGAAAGAGAUUCAGCACUAUCAGUAA